AUGACCGAUCUGAAAACAACUCCAUCUGAAGAGAACACUUUGUCGUCUAAAGGUUAUAAAUUAUUAAAAUUUCUGGGUGAGGGAGCAUACGCUAAGGUAUUUUUAACAGAGUAUACUGGCAAAACCGAUAAUCAUAAAGCUAUACUGGCAUGUAAAGUUAUAGAAACAUUAAAAGCCCCGAGAGACUUUGUUAUAAAGUUUUUACCGCGCGAAAUAGACGUCCUUAUCCGUUUGAAUCAUCCUCAUAUGAUUCAUGUCCACAGUAUAUUUCAAAGGAAAACCAAGUAUUACAUCUUUAUGAGAUAUGGUGAGAAUGGCGAUUUGUUGGGUUAUAUAUUAAAAAAUGGUGCAGUGUCAGAGAAUCAGUCGAGAGUGUGGAUGCGUCAACUUGCGCUAGGCUUGCAAUAUCUCCACGAACUAGAAAUAACACACCGCGAUAUCAAAUGCGAAAACAUUCUGUUGACGGCAAACUUUAACGUUAAGCUCUCAGACUUCGGCUUUGCACGGUUUGUCGUGGAUGACGAUGACCAGCCUGUGCUAAGCGAAACGUACUGCGGGUCCAUGUCAUAUGCAGCGCCGGAAAUUUUACGUGGAAAACCUUACCAGCCCAAACCAACAGAUCUCUGGUCGUUGGGCGUAGUGUUGUUUGUUAUGUUGAAUAAAUCUAUGCCUUUCGAUGAUACGCGAAUGAGAAAGUUAUAUGAGCAACAGAUGGGAAAAAAGUACAGGUUCAGAUCUCGAAUAGGUAGCAUGAUCACACUUGAAUGCAAAUCUCUCGUUAAACAUCUGUUAGAACCAGACCCAGGACUGCGUCACAAUGCCACGCAGAUCAUAAAUUCAGACUGGAUUGCUAUGGACAGUCGUUUAACCACUAUGAAUGCAGUUGAAGCAGCAGCCCUUAAACGAGCUAAAGACGAAAAACGGAAAUAUUCAGAGAACGCUCGAAACCCAUCAAAUAGAAAUGAGGACAUGCUGGUAGAACCGCAAAGGGAUUCUGUUUAUAGAGCCAGUGAAAUGAUUAAAUCUCUAGCUAACAUAACAUCUAGACAAAAGAAACCUGAAUAG